GGCAAUAUGGCGGCGCCUCCGAACGGCAAGGUUAUAUAUGAACAAGAAGGUGUUUUCAUUCAUUCAUCCUGUGGAAAAAAUGAUGACCAGGACAACUUAAUAGCAGGAAUACUACGUGUCAUAGAAAAGGAAAAUGAAAUAAUAGUAGACUGGAGACCACUGGAUGAUACUUUGGAUACUUCUAAUAUCCUUUGUGCUGGAAAGGAUUCCAGUUCUGUCGUGGAGUGGACUCAGACUCCUAAAGACAAAUGUUCCCGAGGAGCAGACCAUCCAAGCAGUUAUGAAGCAGAGUGGGACAUGGUCACCACAGUCUCUUUUAAAAAGAAACCUCAUUCAAAUGGAGAUACUGCAACUCAUGCAAAUGGAGAAAGCAAGUGGUCAUUCCUGUUCAGUUUGACAGAUCUGAAGUCAAUCAAACAAAACAAAGAAGGCAUGGGAUGGUCUUACCUGGUGUUCUGUCUGAAAGAUGAUGUGAAGCUUCCAGCUCUUCACUUUCAUCAUGGAGAUAGCAAACUAUUAAUUAAAUGCCUUGAAAAACAUGUUGUACUGAAUGAAUCUUCACAGGACAAACGGAUUCUUCUUGUGAAUUCUCAGAACAAGUCUCUGUCUCAGUCUUUUGAAAAUCUCUUUGAUGAACCAUCAUAUGGCUUACUACAAAAGCUGAAGAAAGAUCCCUACACAGUAACAAUGGGAAAGUUUUCCAAAGUCACCAACUACAUUUUUGACAGCUUCCGUUCAAGUGACCUUUCCCACCAGAGGCGCCCGCCCUCGGAAAUGGCAGACUUCCUCAAUGAUGCCAUCCCAGGGCUGAAGAUCAAUCAGCAGGAGGAACCAGGGUUUGAAGUCAUCACUCGGAUCGAUCUGGGCAGCCAGCCCGAAGUUAGCAGGAGAGAGCCUGUGUCAGCUGAAGAAUGGGUGAAGAAUAUGGAUUCUGAAGGAAGAAUUCUAGAUGCUGACUAUAUAAAGCGAUUGAUAUUCAAAGGGGGUCUCUGUCAUACUCUGAGAAAAGAGGCAUGGAAGUUUCUUUUGGGGUAUUUUCCUUGGAAUAGCACUAAAGAAGAGAGAGCAAAUCUGCAGAAAAGGAAAACGGACGAAUAUUUCAGGAUGAAGUUGCAGUGGAAGUCUGUCAGUGAGGAACAGGAAAAGCGGAAUUCAAGAUUAAGAGAUUAUCGGAGCCUUAUAGAAAAAGAUGUGAACAGGACAGACCGAACAAAUAAGUUCUAUGAAGGUGAAGAUAAUCCAGGCUUGAUUUUACUUCAUGAUAUUUUGAUGACCUACUGCAUGUAUGACUUUGACUUAGGUUACGUCCAGGGAAUGAGCGACUUGCUUUCACCUGUCCUGUACGUUAUGGAGAAUGAAGUAGAUGCCUUUUGGUGCUUUGUAUCAUACAUGGAUCAAAUGCAUCAGAAUUUUGAAGAACAGAUGCAGGGUAUGAAGACACAACUAAUUCAGCUGAGUACUUUGCUUCGUUUACUAGACAGUGGCUUUUGCAGUUAUUUAGAAUCUCAAGACUCAGGCUACCUUUAUUUUUGCUUCCGAUGGCUUCUUAUCAGAUUUAAAAGGGAAUUUAGCUUUCAAGACAUUCUUCGACUCUGGGAGGUCAUGUGGACAGAAUUACCUUGCCAGAAUUUUCAUCUUCUCCUUUGUUGUGCCAUCUUAGAAUCUGAAAAGCAGCAAAUAAUGGACAAGCACUAUGGCUUUAAUGAAAUAUUAAAGCAUAUUAAUGAACUGUCUAUGAAAAUCGAUGUGGAAUAUAUACUCUGCAAAGCAGAAGCAAUUUCUAUGCAGAUGAUGAACUGCAAGGAAUUGCCUCAAGCAGUUAGCGAGAUCCUGGGGAUAGAAAGCAGUUCUGUAACACCAGAUUCGGAUACUGGAGAGGACGAAAGUGGAGCUGUGUUGAGUUGUCCUCCAUCCUUAUACCAGAGCAUCUCAGCACCCAUAACUGCUGCCAAUGGAACCAGAGACACCACUCAACAGACAUCUGAGACACAGAGCUUGACACCUGCAUAGUGCCAGCUGGCUAAGCUGAAGAGAGACUUUGACUGAGCACAUUGUUUUUCAAGCACUUGAGAGAUGGAUAUUUAAAUUCGAUGUUGAUUAAGCUUUAAGGUUGGAAAGAAAAUCUGUACUGUAAUGCUCUUGCAUUAAAGCUUUACAACAUGACUCAACUUAACUAUUUUUGUAGUUUCUUCUACCAAAAUAGCCUUUUGUUUUCAAUAACAUUCCUUAAUAUUUUUGUAGCCAAGUGCAUUUUCUUUUUUUGCAGAAGAACUGGAAAGAGAAUGGUGAUUAAGAGUGGAUUUGGAAGCCGUGCGUUUGCUGAGCUUUCACACCUGCUGAUCUCGGACAGUGUGAACUCUUGGAGCAGAUUCACAAGAGGUCAGCUGGAGCUGCUGUACAAAAUUCUCCAGCUGAGGAGAUGCUGAUCUGUAGCAGAAGGAUUAUUUUGUAACUGAAAGGGUUUUCCCUAUCUCAAAUGUUUACAAAAAUACUUUGUAAGUAUUUGUUGCUGGUUGAAUGUAGAUUUGAAAUGGACGUUUAUCCUUUAGAGAGUUUAAUGUCCACAUACUGAAUUUUGGGAGUGGAUGAACAGUCUAUUUUUACAUUAACAUACCUUCACUUUCUAUUUGCAUCUAUACUGACACCCCCCCACACACUGUAGCCACCAGUGUUUGUGAAUACUAAAAAAGGCCUAGCAGUCCUGAUUUCAAUAGCUGAAUGAACUCGACUCUUUGGUCAGAUGAAUCACUUUGACCAAAUUAAUGCACAGCUCCAACCUGGGCUCUUUUGCAGAACUUUUCUAACAGAAGGUAACUUUCAAGUCAGUCUUACACUUGAGGGGAAUUUUGCAACUGAUUUUCUUGCAAACUUUACUAAUGUUUUAUCUUUGCUAAUAUGUUGACUGAUCAGUUAACUACUUACACUGUUUUUAUGCCAAGAUUAUUUGGAGAAUGAUUAAGCAGGUUAUAAAAAAAAACAAAACUCAAAACCCAACAAACCAAUAACACAAACCACAACCCAAAACAGUAAUCACAAUUAACAUUAAAUGCAAUUUAUUUCUCUUUGUAUAUGCAGAAGGCAGUGUGAGUUUAUUCCAUGCCAUGCUGAUGUCCUUUGACGUGAUGUGAAAUUUUAACAGAACUGAAUCAGUGUACUCAUUAUUUGGUAACUAUUGUACAGAGCUAAAAUAAAAA